GUGCGCAGCGCCUGGUUUGCGUUCAUAUUGCCCGGAUACUCUACCUUCAAAGCACUUGCACAUCGACCAGUGUCCGACCCUGAACUGGAGAAAUGGUCGCAAUACUGGGUUGUCAUAUCUCUAUUCGUGGCUUUUGAGUAUACACUCCAGUGGCUGAUUAGUUGGCUCCCGUUCUACUGGGAAAUCAAGACAUUAUUUCUCCUUUUCUUAUCGCUUCCCCAGACGCAGGGUUCGAUAUACAUCUACACGGCCUUCGUUGCACCCUACAUCAUUGCCAACGAAGCUGACAUCGAUGCUGGUAUCGAACGCCUGAAAACACAAUCACUGUCAUUCCUGCAUGGUCGACUCGCUGCCGCCGUCGAUACUGUCUUCAAGUUGCUGACGAAAGCGUCGACGCGGCAACAAGCAGGUGACACAAGCCAGGUUAUCCCGCAACAAGGCGGACAACAAGGACAGGGCACAACGCCAGCAGAUGCGUCCAACUACCUCGGAAUGGCGAAUGGACUGUGGCGCGCAUACGGGCCUUCUGUUUUGGGAGCGCUGCAGCGUGGACAGCAGAUAGCGACGGGCGGCAAGCCUACUGCCCCAGGGCCAAACCCUUCCCCCUCCGCGUCCACC